AUGGCCGUCGCAGCCAUGGCAAAGAAGGAAGAAGAGAACACCCAGGAGCAGCCACCUGCCUCUCCGACAGCGCCGACAGCAAUGGAGCAGACAGAGGAUGAGAUGGCGCAAUUUCGGGAAUGGCAACGGCAGAGAGCAGAGGCGAAAGCAAAGUCAUCGCCGGCCUCGCCACCAAAGAAGCAGAGGACAGAUGAUGAAGAAGACAUGGCAGAGUUUGAAGUGAAGCUUGUGGACCUUGACAUCAAUUUCGCGGACCUCGACCCAGAACUGCAGAAUAAGCUUCGGAGCAGCAAGAGCUCAAGAAGAGAUUUUCUGGCAAUUCACACCACGGACAGACUUUACAAUCCUACAGAUGGCACCUGGACGGAGCAACCCACGACCAAGAAGAGAGACUUUGGAAGCAUUACAGAACGAACCAUGCCAAACUUGACGGCAGAGGACAACGUGCAGCAGGCCAUGCUGCAAUGCCAGAAGAGCAUUCUUCCCUCCCUGGAUAAGCUACAGAUGUGCUGCGACCAAUUUUACAAGAUGGCACAACAUGAGUUUGCGAUGACUCAGUAUACCCUGGACAGGCACUCCAGCCAACUACAGGUGUUGGAGCGUGCAAAGGCCAACAAAACUAUACUUUUGCUGGAUUUACCGCCAAUCUUCAACAAGAAGACUUUGGAUGCCAAUGUUGGGUACUACGGUACUACCUACAAGCUGGGACCAUAUCCCGGGUUGGGCGGGCGGGUGUAA